AUGAAGCGUUCCAAAGUGAUACACUUCGCUCCAUUACCUCGACCCUCGACGAGUCGAAUGGCUUGGUACAAUGAAACUAAAGAAGAUGCUAGGCAAAAACGUAACGCUUUACAUCAACGCUGUGGCGGUCUCCUUGGAUCAUGCAUAUCAUGUUGUCCAUGUAUACUUAUUGCCCUACUCGUAUGUGCACUUGCAUUGGCUAUUGGCCUUGGCUUAUACUUCAGUGGUGUUCUAAAUACCAAAGCAGCAACAGCGACUUCAACAAACCAGGCAAAUUCAUCAACAACAAGCUUUAGUACAUCAACUACAACGACAUCUGCUAUUUCAAACUCCUCAAUUAUAGCCACACCCAUAUCGACAACCACUACGGUGACCACGCCAAACACAACAACCUCGACCUCAUCCACUACAACGACUACUACGACUACUACACAGACAUCGACAUUCCCUGCAACAUCAACAACCUCAACAACCACUUCGGCGACAAUAACCACAUCGACAGUCACCACUACUACAACCACUACAAUAUCGACAACAACCAACGCCACCAUGGCAGCAACAACAACUUCGACAACAUCAACGACAUCCACAACAACAACAACGACGACAUCGACGACGUCAACUACUACCAUGCAAACAUUUUGUAAUAGUUGGAUGUGGAAUAGUACUGGUAUAACCGUUGCUGGUACUGGAUCUAGUGGUAGUGGGACAAAUCAGUUGAACCAGCCCUGGAAUCUCUUCGUUGAUCAAACGACAAGUGUGAUAUAUAUUGCUGACUCGCUUAAUAAUCGGAUCGUGAAAUGGUUGCCGAACGCGACAUCAGGAAUUGUCGUAGCUGGCACGGGAAAUCCUACAUCUGCUUCUACUGAUCUUAAUACACCAAAGGAUGUAUUUGCUGACUCUAGCGGUAAUCUUUAUGUGGCGGACAGUGGUAAUCAGCGUGUACAGUUUUUUGCGAAUGGUAGCACAGUUGGUACAACCGUUUCCACGAGUUGGGGUUGUGGGAAUAUAUUUGGUGUUUAUGUUUACAAUAGCAAAAUCUAUGGAUGCGAUUUCACGAAAUCUGUUAUUUGGGCAAAUGGUACAGGAGUCGUUGGUACUCAAGUAGCGGGUUCUGGGUCGAAUCAGUUGAAUCAACCACAAGGGUUCACUAUUGACGCUUUGUAUAACAAAAGUACAGUAUAUGUGGCUAAUUCCAUGCAGCAUACAGUUGUGCAAUUUGUGCCAGGUUCGCCAACAGGUACAAUCGUCGCUGGGACCAAUGGUGUGAAAAGUAGUGCCAGUAAUGGAUUGAAUUUUCCGGUUGCUGUAAAAAUGGAUUCUGUGGCGAAUCUUUUCAUUGUUGACAAUAAUAACCAUCGAAUUCAGUUGUAUUGUCGAUAUCCAUUCGUUAAUACGACUGGACGUACUAUUGCUGGUACCGGUGUAUUAGGAGCUUCGGCAACCCAGUUAGAUUAUCCUGCUGGUGUUGCGCUAGAUUCUUCAUUGAAUUUAUAUGUUGCUGACACGAGCAAUAAUCGAAUACAAAAGUUUAUGCGUAUUGCUUAA